AUGCGGGAGAUGACUAGCAAACGGCUACAAGUUCAGAGGGCAGCAGACGAGGCGGCUCAUGCAGCUGUCACACCGGUGGCAGUAGGCACAGCUCCCUCACGGCUGCCUCCGACAGUGGAGCCCCAGCGCACUGGGGUGCCCAGUCAGCCUGUUUACACUGUCAUCCUCACGCAAGCAGGAUUUUCGGAUCCUGAACCAAAGUCCCGGCCGGAGCUGCCUUGGCUGACACAUCCUUUCGAAAUGGACGGCGUCUGUGGCCCUCACGCAAGCCACUGGUAA